AUGACCACAGCAUGCUACCAUAAGUCAAAAAAGAAAUUUGUAAACUAUGGAGCUAAGUUCAGCAAUAGUCAUAUAGUUUCCAGACCUUUUGAUCAGACCUCCCUUUCUCAAAAUGAGACCACGGGCACCCCUAUCAUCAUUGCCCCACAACUAUCUCCGAGAAUCAUGGCUCCUAAAUCAAUUAUGCCCAGACCAAUCGUACAGACAAGUCAGGGAGGGUUUGUUGUCGCAGUCAGUAGCCAGCAACAACAGCAACCUCCUAGAACGUUUUACUUCAUCAACAAUCGUUCUGGGGGGCAGUCGGUUCUUUUGAGUAGCUCAUCCAACUCUCAGACCACCGUCAGAAAAAUUCCGUACUCGGGAAAUACCGGUCAUUCCAUUAUCGAAUCCAACCAAAUCAGCAGAGUGAGAGGUAACCCUUCAUCGAUACAGGCCAUUGUUUCCACAUCCGGACCCAGGUUGUCGUCAUUUGUCGUGGCCCAGCAGCAACAACAGCAGCAGCAGCAUAAAAUGACUCAGCAGCAGCAGAAUGUUCUUUGCGUCAGCCAACAUCGUGUCCCUAACAGUUCAGGAAUGACUGUACUUCAACAUGGAGAAUUGAACCCUAACUCCUUUCACCUGUUGCCAAACCGACCAAUCACGGCUCCUACAGAGAUCAUGUUUGCAAGCAGGUCCAUUGAUGCUGAUGGAACUGUUAAAACUGUCAAAGAGUUUCUUUGUAAUUUCUGUCAGUUCAAGGUGGCAGACCAGUCAGUUUAUGAGACCCACAAAGCCACGCAUUCAUUCUCGUGCAACUACUGCAGUUUCAGGGCCUACAGCAGAUUCGACGUCUUGAGGCAUAAGAAGGAACUGCAUCCACAAUCUUCCGAGGAGUUGGCUGGAUACAUCGAAUUAGACAAAAUGAUUGAAAGUUAUUCAAUGAUGGCUGCCUCAUCGUCGUCAUCAUUCUUUCCGACAUCAUCGUCUUCGUCAUUGAUCCCACAGACUUCAUCGUCAUCGUCAUUGCUAAUCCAACCAUCAUCAUCAUUCUCAUCGUCUUCUGGAGCAUACUCGCUGUUGCAACCGUCGUCAAAUCGUUUAGUUGCUUCUGUUUCUGGCACUAGAACUGUUUUCACUUUUAUGCCGUCGUUAUCAUCAUCAUCCUCCUCAUCAUCAUCAUCAGUAGCAGCUGUAGCAGUUGUUUCAUCAUCGUCACUGUCAUCAUCUUCAUCGUCGUCAUCAUCGCGUGUUGUGCACUCAUUGAAAGCACCAACUAUAUCCCAAAGGUUGUGGCUGCCCAAUCAGAGCAACAGCAGCAGCAAUCAAGCAGUUCAGCAGCAGCAGCAGCAACCACAGCAACGUGAGGAUGGUGAUGCUGGUGGCAACGUUAAUGAUGGUGGAGAAUCCAACAACAUUAACAUGAACAAUGACGAUGAUAACAAUUCAAACAGUGCUAGAAACAACGUGGAUAAAAACUCUAAUAGGGAUGUUGCCAAUGGAGACAGCAACACUGGGCAACAAGAUGAUGUCGAAGCUAAAGAUAAACAACUUCAAAAAAAUUCAAAAUCCUUGGCACCGAGCAAAACUGACAACGGCAGAUCAGCAUCUAAAAAUAGCAAUGCCUCUGACUCCACCGACAUUGAAAUGGACAAAAUGAAAGCACUCUCAGGCAAUAGCAGCAAUGAGAAUCGGGUCACAGAUGCAGCAGCUACUAAAACCAGGUCAAGCAGACCGAGAAGAGCUGCUACUAAAAGCAAACAAUGCAGAGAUUACGAUUUCAGUGAUGAUAACGGUAAUAAUGUUGACGUGGAUGAUAAUGAUUAUGAAUGGGAAGAGUCUAGCAGUAGUAGCAAGAGAAGGAAAAGUAGUAAAAAGAAUAAAGAUGAGUUCAUCAGUCAAGCUAGCAAUGAUAGCAGAGAUUCCUCUAAGGCAAAAGAGAACGUUAUUGUUGUUGCUUCUACUGCUGCAACAACAACAACUGCUACUGCUGCAACAACAAUGAUACAUUCUGUCUCACUGGCUAGCUUACUAACAUCCACAAACAUUUUUAAAUAUCAGUGCAACAUUUGUCAGUUUGCUACCUUUUCAAAAGAGAGCAUCGAGUCUCAUUCUAAAAUUCAUGAUAAAUCAUCAUUUACAUCAACAACUCAGAGCCUGGCAACAUCAACAACAACAUCUUACAACAACAACAACAAACCCGAAACAAUGACAACAACAUCCAUCAGCAAGUUGAUCUCAUCUCCUAGCACAGCAGUACCCAAUGUAAAGUGGAGUUGUUUCUACUGCGAAUUCGCCACCUCCAUUCAAGCCACAGUUGUCAACCACGUCGUGCACGCUCAUCCAUCACAGCCCAUACAGCUGAAAAGGAUUGCUUUCAAUCCGGGUGUAUUUAAUACUGCAGGCAAGCCCAACGACAGCAACAGUGCAAAUAGUAACAUUGGCAGCAGUUGCAGUAGAAAUAGCAUCUUAAAUGUUACCGCUGGCGUUGGUUCACCAAGAAAUCUGAACACAUCUACCGCUUGUUCUACCAUCAUGUCAACGGACAACAACACAAUGCAGCAUUUAACCGCGCAGCAAUCAACAACAGCAUCACCAUCAUUGUUGCCUACCUCGGCAACAUUAACAUUGACUUCUGCUGCUACUACAGCUACUAUUACAACAACCGCUACUGCUUCUGCACAAGAUUCUGGAGGAUGUCUCUGGGGCUGCUAUUAUUGCUCUGCUCAAUCCAUAGACAGGAGUCAGAUCAUACAGCAUCUGAAAAAGGAGCAUGUUAAUUCAAAGUUAGUGGUCACAAGGCGAAGAAUUACUCACGUCCCUACUGUCAGUGCAAAAAUUAGUGAAACCCCAGACAAUGCUGCUGGUGGUGUUGCUAAAAAUACUGAUUCUGACAUUAAUGGAGGAAGUAUUUUUUCUACAACUUGUGCAACACCUUCUACUGAUAUUGUCAGCUCUGGUAAUGCUAUUAAUGCUAACAUCAUUACUACUAAAGAUUCAAAUUCGGCUGAAGCUCUUACUACUUCAUCCAUCACCACUAAUACUACUACUGCUACUGGGGCUAACGAUACUCUGAGUAAAGAAAGUGAUUCUAAACUGUUGGAGCCUGUGGCUAAAAGUGCAAAACGUAACUGUAGGAGGUCUAAAAAAACUUCCAUCGCCGGUAACCACAGCAACAGCAACAAUGAUCAACAAUCCGAUCAGCAACAGCAUCGAAGUUUGAGGAGUAGGAAGGAGGAUUCUACAGAUGAUCCAACUAAACUUUUUGAAGAAAUUCACCCGCCGAAACGACGAAAGACAUCAGCUUCGCCAGCAGCAACGUCGACAACGGCAGCUGCAUCGACAGCCACAACUGCAACAAUUACAACGUCAAACAGUGACAACCCGAUUGAUCUGCCUGAUGAAACAAUGACGACAUUAUCAUCCUCAACAACUGAUGAUAGUAACAGUCGCAUGUCGCCUCCUCUCCUACGCAUUGACCUGGCUGAAGAUGAGGAAAACUCAGAGAAGUGCAUCCCUAAUUUGAAUGCUAACAACAGCCCUAACAAAACUGUCAAUGAUAGCUGUAGCACAGACGGCAGUUCUAAACUGGCCAUUGAUAUUAACUCGAGUUACGAUGACACUAUCAAUUCUGUUAUUGCAAACUGCUGCAUGUACGAUGAUGAGAACGAAGACGAUGGUGGUCUUGAUGACGGUGACAACAACAAAGAAGUGUCAAACAAUUUUUACAAGACAAUGGAAAAUAAAUCGUACACGAGCAAUAAGACAAGAGUCAAUUCAGCUGCUAUGCAGUGGAAAUGUGCUUAUUGUCCAUUUGGAGCUAUGCUCAGGAAUAAGAUUGUGCAGCACGUUACUUCCAUUCACUGUAACUGCCCUGUAAAGUUCUUUAAUAUCGGUUCGUUUGGCUAUACUUGUAUGAGUGAUUUAGAGAUGGAAAUUGAACCUGAACUAAAUUUUGCUUAA